AUGGCAUACUCGCAGUCGGAAGACGAAAUGGCGCAGCUUCAGAAGUUGUCAGCUGAAUUCCAGCCUGAAGUGACGGGACCAUUCGUCGGUGAGAAACAACUGACCAGUGCUCUCAUCGAAGAGUAUGCUGCUGCCGAUCCAGUCUAUCGCACAAAAACUUCGUACUCUCACUAUCGUACAACUCGUGGCGAUGGAAGAUGUGGUUGGAGAGCUGUUGCUUUCGGCUAUUUCGAAAAUCUCUUCCGCGUAGGUGACAGGACCAAGUUCUUGGAGGAGGAAACUCGUCUCAAGUCCUUGGGCAAUGUCAUCAACAUGGCUGGCUAUAGCCAGUUCAUCUGGGAAGACUUCGCUGAUGAUAUCUAUGCCCUGCUACGCAAGUGCAUGUCGGCCGACUCAUCCAACUCCGAGGCCUUCCUCCUCGAGUAUUUCAACAACGAAGAGAUCCAGAACCAGAUCAUCACAUACCUCAAGACUCUUACCUCGGCCUGGAUGAAGACUCGUGCCAAAGACUAUGCUCCAUUCGUGCUUCCUCACACUGUUCCUAGCUAUUGCGACGCCAACAUCGAUCCUCAUCAGAUCGAGAUCGAUCACCCUGGAAUGCAAGCUCUGACUGACGUCUUGCUCAAACCUGCUGGCAUCGCUCUGGAAGUCAUCUACCUUGAUCGUAGCGCUGGUACUGAGUCCUCUCUUCAUCAUUAUGAAGAGCCCGUCGUGGACCUCGGCAUUUCCGACUUCAUGACCAUGAUUCCUGGCAUGUCGUUGCUGUCUAGCCAGUCCAACUGGAUGCCCAACCAGUUCUAUGGCGUGUCUGACUAUGCUGCCCCCACUGCUGCAGUGCCGCCUCCGCCUGUGCCAGCUCCUGCACCAAUGCCUGUUCAGCACCACGUACCACCACCCGUCGUUCCCGUUGCCACCCCAGCCUACGUUCCCGCCGUUCAGACUCCCUCUCCUACCUCGACCGCCGAUUAUACUUUCUCUCCUGUAUCCCAAACCACAUUCUUCAACUACGACCAGCUUAGCUACUGCGGCAAAGGAAACUUCAGGCCAUCUACCCAUAUGUUUGAGCAGAAUGGACAAAACGUCGCAGAUGCAACUGCUCAAAACUCUGUCUGCCAGACAGCUCAGUUCAAGCAUUCUCACUUCAAUCGCACCCACUUCUUGAACCCUGACUUCCACCCCGAUGAAUGGGAUCCCAGCAAGGAGUACAUUGUUCCCAAUCCACGCAGCAAGAGCAAGUCGAGCCGUUGA